AUGAAACGGAAAAAAGGCAACAGAGAAGCCUCUGGAACCGUCAAACGUACCAAAACCAGUAGUGAUGCUGUUGAUCGCGGUCCUCAACAUACUCCUUCCAUCCUCCGGCUAUAUUAUCCUCAAGUCCUGACUCUACGGGAAUAUCUGUUACAAGCCAAGACAUCGAAAAACAAGAAACGACUGAUUCUUAACUACGGAUCUGAUACGGCAAAGAGUUCUCAAGACGCAGAUUCUGAGUUGGCCAAACUUCUGGACACCAUUCUUAUUGGAUGCCAUGAUGUGAAGACGGAAGAGGAUGAUACUGUCGACUACCAGAACGACCUCAGCAUCUUCUCAACGCAAGUAUCCGAGUCUACAGCCAGGUCUUGUGGCUCACAGGCACAACUACCCUUCGCCGAGAUAGUUGAGUUUGUUAUCUGGCGGCUCUUUCGUCAGCAUACUUCUGGGCAUCGUCCGCCUCAUGUUCUUUGUCACGGGUACUACUACGAUGGUCUCGGAGACGUCAGCAUCUUGGUAAAACCAAAUAUUGAAGGUGAUCGUGAAGACACCUUGCUGGACAGGAAUGAGCAUGUCGACAGACUGAAGGGAGAGGGCUGGGCUGGCUUGACGAGGUUGGUUGGNAGCAAAGGUACCGUCACGCUCAUCCAGCUUUUACAGAACUGUGGCAUGUUCAUGCCUCUUGAGAGUGGAAGAAAUAACUACGUCCAGAUCAGUGGCGUGGAUCUUUCUGAACUGCGGACAGUGGACAAGAACAACCCAUCGGGCGGUCCGAAACCAGAUGGUGGUGCAGCUUUGGCCGUUCCUACGGUUAGCAAAAGCAAUACUUCACCCAGCCGCGAGACCAAUACCCCAAACACGAUCCGGUUUGUGCGACACCGUAUCUUGUACAGAAAGCCUGAUCUCAACGCGAAAGGAGGAGCGUAUUUUGACAUCUUGAACCGUAUCGGGAACCACGAAGAGAUAGACAAGAAUGCUCACUUUCUGAAGUAUAUCUUUCCACGACAGUUUGGACUGCACAAUGUCUUCACUCAUGCAGUCGAUAUGAAAAACUCAGCUCAGCCAUUAAAAGACUAUACCCUACGCGAGCAGGAAAUCAAGUCAGCAAGCCGAGCCUCCAAACAGCGAUCUGUGCCAAAGCGGCUACGUGGAGAGUGUGAGACUCUCGUCGACCAUCUGCGCACCCGGCAUGAAAGAUGUGCUUAUUCGGCAUUGCUGCAGUAUUACUGUCCUGAUAUGUGGACACAAGGCGACAAUAUGAAAACCGAAGACCACAGCAUCAUGAAAUUGGCGACAUCCUCUUCCCAGGUAUCGGCCUUCUGCAGAUCGGUGAUAGCCAAAGUGUUUCCAGGCAGACUUUGGGGCGAGGGAGAGGUAGGAGCCGCAAACAAAGCGCAUAUCAUGCAUCAGGUUGACCGCUUUGUCAAACUGGGUCGAUAUGAAAGUCUGAUGCUACACGAGGUCACUCAAAGAAUCAAGAUUUCUAGCAUUACUUGGCUCAGACCGCCGAACGAGCCAACGGGCAGCAAGAUGUCAGCUUCCGACUUUACAAAACGCAAAGAAAUACUUGCCGAGCUUCUCUAUUAUCUCUUCGACUCGUUUCUCAUCCCUCUCAUCAGCAGCAAUUUCUAUGUCACAGAGUCAUCCGCUUUUCGCAACCGUCUCUCGUACUUUCGUCAUGAUGUAUGGCAAAAGCUGUCGGAACCGGCUCUUGCUGGGCUGAGAACGUCCAUGUUUGAAGAAGUCGGGCAAAGCAAACUGAAAAAGACACUCUCGAAUAUGUCGAUUGGCACUGGCCGUGUGCGCUUACUGCCCAAGGAGACUGGCCUUCGACCUAUCAUCAACUUGAAGCGCAGAGUACAGACCAAGAGAAAUGAAGGAUACACAAUCACGAGAUAUGCCCAGGUCAAAGCCCUAGGAGACUGUAAUUCUACCGACAACCAGCCUGCAAUCAUGCCCAAAGCUUCAUGGAAGUUCAAAGGCAAGGCACAAAUCACUGACCAGAAAGAGAUAUUCUCUGAUCACGCUCGGAAAGAAGCCGAGGCUGCUUUAGGUACUGUCUUUGUGGAUCUCGAGGGCAAGACACACAGAAGCCGUGCUGGUAUCCUUGCGUUACUCAGAGAACACAUUGAACGCAACAUCGUCCAGAUUGGCAAGAAGUUCUACCGGCAGACUACUGGCAUACCACAGGGCUCAAUCGUUUCGAGUCUGUUGUGUAACUUCUUUUACGCCGACUUGGAACAGAGAGUGCUGUCUUUCUUGCAGAAUGGCGAAAGUCUGCUUCUCCGCUUGAUUGACGACUUCUUGCUCAUCACCACUAAUCGCCAAACUGCAACCCGCUUCGUUCAAGUCAUGCAUCGUGGACUUCCUGAGUAUGGAUUAAUGGUGAAAGAGGACAAGUCGAAAGUCAAUUUCGAUGUACAGGUCGACGGAAGAGAUGUGUCCAGACUACCUGCAGCUACCGAGUUCCCAUACUGCGGUAAUGCUAUCAACACGGUUAAUCUCAACAUCACCAGAGACGAGACCCGACGACAGCAAAACAACAUGGCGGCAGCCACGACAGUCGAUUUCUCAAGAUUCCCAGGACAGAAUUUCUACCGCAAGACAUUCAGCAUGUUGAAACUGCAUAUGCACACCAUGCAUUUGUGCACCCGGCACAACCACAUCGGAACCGUGAUCGCCAAUGUAUCCCGCAUGUUUGCAGACACGGCGGAACGGUGCUUCAACUACAUCCGCUGUCUCUCACAGACCAAGAAGCCAUCUUCCGCUUUGAUUAUCACUAUGGGCUCAUGA